GUUAUAUACAUGCAAUAGAGAUUAGUUGGUGAAUGGGCAGUUCUCAAUACUCCCACUUUAAAUAGCAAAAGGGCGCAAUUCCUGCGUCAUAACCUGCAGAAUCCUAGGUUUCUUCACCAGCAGAUCCUAAGAACAAAGGGCGCAAUUCUAGCACAACCAAAAUUGUACGUAUGGUGUGAUGAAUUGUUCGGAAAUUGGACGAAUUUGAUGGUGGGUGUUUGUAGGGAGGGAGGAAAGAUGAAGGCGAUGGAUUCAGAGCAGUUGAGAGAAUAUGGUCAUCAAAUGGUGGAUUUUGUUGCUGAUUAUUACAAGACCAUUGAGAAUUUCCCAGUUCUUAGCCAAGUUCAGCCAGGGUAUCUACGUGAGCUUCUACCAGACUCUGCACCUGUUCAUCCGGAACCUUUGCAAGAUGUUCUCGAUGACGUAAAAUCAAAGAUAUUUCAAGGGGUAACGCAUUGGCAAAGCCCUGGAUACUACGCGUAUUUCCCUUCUAAUAGUAGUAUUGCCGGAUUCCUUGGAGAAAUGCUUAGCGCGGGUGUCAACAUUGUUGGCUUUAGUUGGAUUAGCUGCCCAGCAGCAACAGAACUUGAAGUUAUUGUUUUAGAUUGGCUUGCUAAGUUGCUGCAGCUACCUCAUGUCUUCCUUUCUACUGGAAAAGGUGGUGGUGUCAUACAGGGAACUGCCAGUGAAGCAGUUCUAGUUGCGUUGGUAGCGGCUCGUGAUCGGAUGUUGAAAAAGGUGGGAAAAGAUUCUAUGGGCAAACUUGUUGUUUAUUCAGCAGAUCAGACUCAUGCUUCUAUGCAGAAAGCAUGUCAGAUUGCAGGAAUCUAUCCUGAGAACAUUAGAAUUUUGAAGACAGAAUCGUCGAGUGAAUAUGCACUUUCUCCUCAAGUGCUUUCUGCUGCCAUAUCACAAGAUGUUGCUUCUGGUCUCAUACCUCUUCUUUUAUGUGCUACUAUUGGGACAACCUCAUCAACUGCAGUUGACCCGUUGCUUGCUCUUGGAAAGAUUGCUAAGAGUAAUGGAAUUUGGUUUCAUAUUGACGGUGCCUAUGCUGGAAGUGCUUGUAUAUGUCCUGAAUUUCGCCAGUAUCUUGAUGGUGUUGAAGAAGCUGACUCAUUUUGCAUGAAUGCACAUAAAUGGCUCCUUACAAAUUUUGAUUGCUCAGCUCUGUGGGUUAGGGACAGAAGCGCUCUGAUUGAAUCCUUGUCCACAUAUCCAGAGUAUUUGAGAAACAAAGCUUCAGAAGCAAAUACUGUGGUGGAUUACAAAGAUUGGCAAAUUCCUCUUGGUCGCCGAUUCAGAUCACUGAAACUUUGGAUGGUAAUGCGGUUAUAUGGGCAGGAGGGUCUGCAGUCAUAUAUUAGAAAUCAUAUAUCAUUGGCAAAACGGUUUGAAGAGCUUGUUCUUCAAGAUUCAAGAUUUGAGGUGAUUACUCCUAGGAAGUUUGCACUAUUGUGUUUCCGAUUGCUGCCUCCUGCUAAUGACGAAACCCAAUGUGAUAAGCUCAAUCGGGAGCUCUUGGAAGCCGUCAAUUCUUCUGGAAAGAUGUUCAUUUCUCAUACGGUCCUGUCUGGGAAGUAUGUAUUACGUCUGGCUGUGGGAGCUCCGCUUACAGAAGAAAGACAUAUAGAUAUAGCAUGGCAGGUCUUGCAAGAAAAGGCCACCACUUUGUUGAAGGCAUAUAAAAAUGACAUCCAAAUUCACUCAAACGGUUCUGUCUAGCACGAUUUCUACGUUGGACAAGAGGCAACAUAUGCGAUCAUGCACCAUCAAACUUCAUUCUUUUCAUAAUUUGAUCCCCCGGCUUACUCGAAGCUUUUCUUGUUCGUUAUUAUACCUGUUUUUCCGUUGAUUGUAUCCAAUUUUUGUCAAAGACUGAUGGUUAUACAAGUAACGAAAAUAGCCCUUAAUUGUUUUAUAGUUAUGUUCAGGGUUUGUUGUAUGUUCAUCUUUUCCUUGAAUGAUCAUAUCCUUCCUAGAUUUUGUCAA